GAUGCUGGUGGUCCUGUUCACAGCGGUCUUGCUGACCCUGAGCUAUGCCCAGGAACCAGGUGAAGAACUUCAGAGCCUAAACCAGACCCCAAAUCAGAAACCACCUCCACCAGGAUUUCCACCAAGACCACCUGCUAACGGGACCCAGCAAGGCCCACCCCCACAAGGAGGCCCACAGCAGAGACCCCUCAGCCUGGAAACCCCAAAAUUCCCCACCAGGAGGCCCAGCAGAGACCCCUCAGCCUGGAAACCCACAAGGCCCACCCCCACCAGGAGGCCCACAGCAGAGACCCCCUCAGCCUGGAAACCCACAAGGCCCACCCCCCACCAGGAGGCCCACAGCAGAAACCACCUCAGCCUGGAAAGCCCCAAGGCCCACCCUCACAAGGAGGCCCACAGCAGAGACCUCCUCAGCCUGGAAAGCCACAAAGCUCACCCCCACCAGGAGGCCCUCAGCAGAGACCCCCUCAACCUGGAAACCCACAAGGCCCACCCCCACAAGGAGGCCCACAGCAGAGACCCCCUCAGCCUGGAAAGCCACAAGGCCCACCCCCACAAGGCGGCCCUCAGAGACCUCCUCAGCCUGGAAACCAGCAACGCCCACCACAAAGUCCCCAAUUCGGCAGACCACAGGGACCUUUCCAGGGCUUGGGUCCUCAGUAAACCAGAAAUCUUUGAGAGAAAGUGAGUAAGAAGAUCUCUCCUUCAUGUUUUUUCUGCUGGCACAGCAGGGUCAGACUGGAGAUUCACAACAUUAAUAAAGUGAUCAGCCUGC